CGCGCACGAUCCACAGUCCUCUCUCUGUGAACGAUCCAGCGGCGGCGACUCUCGGUGCACGACCGAUCCGCGGCGACGACGAGUUCUUUGUAUAAGAAGUUGAAGAGAAGUAGAGAUGAGUAUUGGGGGUGAAAAAGGGUCUGCAUCAACAAAGACACCAGCGGACUUUCUCAAAUCAAUUCGGGGCCGUCCUGUUGUUGUGAAAUUAAAUUCUGGUGUUGACUACCGAGGUAUUCUAGCUUGUCUCGAUGGAUACAUGAAUAUAGCGAUGGAGCAGACCGAAGAAUACGUAAAUGGACAGUUGAAGAACAAAUAUGGCGACGCUUUCAUCCGUGGCAAUAAUGUUCUUUACAUCAGUACGUCGAAGAGGACGUUAGCGGAAGGGUCUUCUUAGCUGGGCUAAGAAUUCUGCCAAGAAAUGCUCAUCUCUUGCAGCUAUGUUCCUUCAGUCUUGUGCUGUAAAAUGAGAGAUGGAUUAGAAUUGGAAAUUGAUCAAUUCGAACUGUAUUGUAAAAUGAUGUGCUGUUCUUGUGUUGUCCUCCUACCUGUCAAAAACAUCAAAAUCAAAAGCCUUCUUUAGUGGGAAAUGGAAUGCACAUUAUUGAACGAAACUACUGUUUUCACCUUCUUUCCUUCUUUCAAGUUUGCAUCAAAAUGUUUAAUUUCUAUGCUGAAGAAGAAUAUAAUUUCUUCUUCACUGCAUCUGCUGAAAUUUCUUAUAAAUGUGGCUGGGAGCUUUUGAGAUCA